UGAUGGGGCGUCCAGGAUUUCCAGGUUUGUGGAUCUUAGGUAGUAGAUAGAAUAACCCCGGUCGGGGCUCUAAGGGUAUGUUGAUUUGUUCCUGUGUUAGUGUAGGGAGUGUCCUGAGUAGAUGGUGUAGUUUCUUAGUGUAUUCCUCAGUGGGAUCUGAGGAAAGCGGCCUGUAGAAUUGGGUAUUGGAGAGUUGUCUGGCAGCCUCCUUCUGGUAGUCAGACCUGUUCAUGAUGACAACAGCACCUCCUUUAUCAGCCUCUUUGAUGAUAAUGUCAGGGUGGUUUCUGAGGCUGUGGAUGGCAUUGCGUUCUGCACGACUUAGGUUAUGAGGCAAGCGAUGUUGUUUUUCCACAAUUUCUGCCUGUACAAUGGGGUACAAUGGGGAGAUCAGAUUCAAAAUGAAUUAUGCCACUUGUUUUUUUCAUUUUUCCUUCAGACUCAAUUGACUUAAAGGUAUCGAAAUGACUUGCUGGAAUUUCAGGUUGCAAAGACUUUCAUCUUUCCUGAGAGGUCCUGAUAUCUAGGAUUGCCUCCUUACAGGCCUUCACAGCAACGUCUAUACUUCCCUGAGUUUCUUGUAGUGAGCGGCCCAAUUGCAGACGGGUUUGUGACAUGUCUGGCUUACUUACUUUGUCUUAACUUCUCACUAAUCCCUUUCUCCAGGGAUAAGGCUCGUUGUGCCUGAUCCAACUGUUCUAUUUUCCUUCUCAAUUUUCUUUCUAAAGUGUUACCUACAAUGGAUACAUCGUCCCUUUCCUCCACCUCCCGAGAUUCUCUCUUUAAUUUUUCUUUCUCAAAAUGGAACACCUUAAGUUCCAUGGAUCCGGGUGAUCUAUGCAGAUUUAGUAAUUCAGCAUUUUUGCUGACUCUUCACCAUAGGUUUCAAUGUAGACUAUCUCGACAAGCCACUUGCACCCGGAUCUCCCCCCCACUGAGCCCUCUCACAGCCAGAGUAAGAGCUGGCUCACUGUGGAGCAAAAUCACUGAGAGCCGUUCAGCAUCUUUGUACGGGGACAGAUUUGUAGCUGUUAUUUUCCUCUGUAAGGGGCUCUGUAGUUUUUACGCUGAUGUAGCUGGGCAGGGUUACCACUGUGUCCCCUCCCCACACACUCAUGGCUGACCUUAACCCCACUGAAAGUAGGACUCCAAAACUCCUCUCUAGACAUACCCAUGUCUGUAAGUGUAAGUGGGGGAAUGGUCCUGCUGUUGUGGGGAACUUUCCUGGCUUCUGCACUCCCCCUGGAAUCGGCUAGCGAAAGGAUAAGGCCUCGCCUCCUUAUCUUACUCAGGAUCAGUGUGUCCCUGCACCAUCUCCUAGGAAUGUGUUCGUGCCGUUGCUUGAGAACUCUGGGUGUCCUGCACCUUACUCGCUACGCUGCUCGGGCACUCGCUCGCUGCGCCUCCCCGCCAGCUGCCCUGCUGGCCACUCACUCUGCUCACCUUCGCACCAGCCACUCAUUCACAAGCCGACUGCCAGUCACCUUCUGCUGCUACCCUCUCUGCUGUGACCUCUGCACCUCAGUAUCUUAGCGAUUUUCAGCUCUUUGCAGGCUGGGCAGAGACACUGCCCCAUCUCAAGUGAUUUCAGCUCUCAGUGAUGUUUAGCUCUUAGCAGAUUGGGCAGAAACACAGUCCUACCACAACUGAUUUCUGCUCUGACUGAGCAUUUAAAAUAACAAUAGAUGCUCCCAAUGAAGACUAUUUAGCUCUUCUUUUGAACAGUGGGGAGGAACAGGUCAAACCAGUCUGGGGACUCCUAGGGAGAGCUGUCCCCACCCCUCUUACUUUCACAGGCUCUGCAUUCGAGCCCCUGGCUUAACGAGGUUCUUUUAUCUGAGGGUGACCCUCUCAUUUGGGACAGGUUAAGCACAGUCCUGCUUCCCUGUAUGACAAUAAUGCCACCAAUAUUGGUAACAGCAUUUCACUACCCCUGCAUUCAGUUUUAAAUUUUUUUAUUACAGCUAAUGUUAAAAAAUUAUAUAAUUCACAGGUUAAGAACAGAGCGUCUGUACAUCCGGGUAUGGUGCUUAGAUUAUCCACAAAUACCAAGUUUUAUAGUGCAGAAUCAGUAAUAACCCAAAUGUAGGUGAAUAAAUUUAAGAAUACAGUUUAGAUAUUAGCAUCCAAGUAUUCGGGUACAUCACUCAAGGAAAGCUAUACAGGGAGUUGGUUGUGGAAAGCAAAUAUAGCAAUGAGUGAAGAUUGUCCCUCAGUCAUUGAGAAUUUAGGGUAGGUUGUCCAUUUAGAAUACAAUCCAUGCGGAAUGUAUUUCAGUUACUUUCCCCACUGAUUUGUAACCCAACCCCAGCCAAAAUUGAUAAUUUUGAGCAACAGCGUUCUGUCUGCUGGAUAUCUAAGCAGAGUAGGUGUGUUUAUGUAAAUACAGUUUGCUCCAGAAGUCUCUUUGCCUCCCAGUUAGCUGUCAGGGAAGAAUUCAGCAGACCCUGCUUACAUUGGCAAUCUCAGACUACCGUGGAAGAGCCAUUUCAAACAAAGAAGCAUCACCCGGCCCAUCAUUCUUCAAAGAAAUAUGAAACGUGUUCAGAUUCAUCUUCCACCCACCUGUUCUGUACACACAUCACUCCCCUACAUUUCUUAUCCAUUUACUCUGUGCUGACAUCCAUCCCAUCACCCCAGGUACAGCUCAGCACUUGCCUACACCAAGCUAACUCCUAAGCUACACUAUGGGAGGGAAAGCACCACCACACACCCUCUCCUGUACGGGCAAAGGGCAGGGGAGGGAUGGCAUUUCCAGGUGUUCAGUGAACAUAAGAACAUAAGAACGGCCAUACUGGGUCAGACCAAAAGUCCAUCCAGCCCAGUAUCCUGUCUACUGACAGUGGCCAAUGCCAGGUGCCACAGAGGGAGUGAACCUAACAGGUAAUGAUCAGUGAUCUCUCUCCUGCCGUCCAUCUCCACCCUCUGACAAACAGAGGCUAGGGACACCAUUCCUUACCCAUCCUGGCUAAUAGCCAUUAAUGGACUUAACCUCCAUGAAUUCAUCCAGUUCUCUUUUAAACCCUGUUAUAGUCCUAGCCUUCACAACCUCCUCAGGCAAGGAGUUCCACAGGUUGACUGUGCGCUGUGUGAAGAGGAACUUCCUUUUAUUUGUUUUAAACCUGCUGCCCAUUAAACUUCCCAGGAAACACUCCCAGGAAACACUUCAAGCCUGUUGCUUCCCACUCCUGGCCCUAACUCUGCUUUCCCUGAGCAAGACACUGCUACCCCCUAGUCCCCAUGUCACUGGUUCUCCCCCACGGUCCAGUCUACAAAUUCCAAUGCCUGGCUCCCUUUCCCUGGCCAGAAAAUCAACGCCCAAAGACCCAACUCCACAAUGUAUCCUCUAAACAAGGGAUCAGCUCAGCAGGCAAACAGGGGAGGCAAGCAGGGAAGUUUUUCAGGGCGUAGCUGUGGAUCCAGUGCAUGGAGGUAAAGAGACUUGGUAAGUUGUGUGUUGGUCUGUUUGCUGUUUGUCUCCGUGUGGGUCGUGUGGCUGGGGUUUGGGUCCCUGACCAGGCCAGGUGACAGAGGUCUGUGUGUUUGUGUCUCUCAGAGGGCCGUGUGGCUCUGACCCUUGGGCCUAGGAUCAGCCCUGGUGUUUGACGUCUGAGUCGUGGAUCACCCCGUUAGCCACGGGGCAGAACUAAGCAGCGAGGCGCAGAGUGUAUGAGGUAGUUAGUUGCCAAGCAAACACUUGACCAGGCACUUGGGUGAGGCACUGAAAUAUUGAGCUAUGUCGUUAUUUUAGCCCCAUUCCCUAGGAGAUGAUCGACAGACCUGCCCGGCCGCUGGUUUCUGUGUAUUGUGCCGUGUAAUGGCACUUACGAGUAACCACUGCCCUACUACGGAUCAUAUUUCCACCCCCCAAAGUCUUUUAGGGAAAUGUGAUCUCCAUGAAGUGAAAGCAGGAUUUCCCCACAGCUACUCCCCACCCCUACAGCUGAGAACUGUAUUUCAGGGUCAAACCCACCUCCGUUAUGGCUGGGUUGCAGUCCGUGAGAUAGCAAUUCCUGCCUGGGAAAUCCCAGUCACUAAAUGUGAAAUAACAGAUCACAGUGAAACAAUGGGGAGGAUGUUUGGGUUUGAUGUGUUCUUUCCCCUCAAAUCUCCACUGACGUUCCUGACGGAUUCUCCUGCAGCCGCACCGGGGAUGUUGGAACCAUUAUGAAGCCUCUGCUGAUCCCCUUGACGUACUUCUGUCUUCAGACCUGGCUGGGAAUCCCUCAGGCAAAAUGCCAGGUGGAGCUGAGCAUGAUGGAUGACGCUUUUGAUGACCAAUAUAUAGGAUGUGCUGAAGAAAUGGACGGAAUUGCACCUGAACUGCUAGAGAAAGAAAAGUCCAUGUCCUCAGUGUUUAGCAGGGUGUGGGAAAACUCAGAACAAAAAUGGGAACUUGUAAAGAAAAAGAUUCCUCUGCCCACAGGCUUUAAAGAUGAGCAUGGACGAGCUAUAAUAGCCUAUACUGACGAUGACUUUCACAGUGAGUUGAAUGCGGCAGUGAGAGGGGCUGGGACAUCUCGAGCUCAUUACAUGGCCAGUUUCCCGUUCAAAGCCUUUCAUUAUUACUUGACAAGAGCUUCACAGCUCUUACGAGGGAGGUGUGAUGUGAUGUACAAAAGGACGGUGUACCGGGGGGUUUCUGCCAGUUUUCAGCACACGGGAUCAGGUCACAUUAGGUUUGGAUACUUUGCCUCUUCGUCUUUUGAUAUAGGAAUAGCUAAGACAUUUGGUACGGACACAUUGUUCGCCAUCCACACGUGCUUUGGUGCUGAGAUCAGGGCCUUCUCUCGCAUUCAGGAGGAGGAAGAAGUGUUAAUCCCAGUCCAUGAGAUAUUCAACAUGUCCCGAGGACAAAGGAAUAACCGCUUUGUCCUCCGGAGCACAAACCGGACCUGCAGCCAUUUUAACUGUGCAUACCUGGGCGGAGAGAAGAACCAAAUAUGUGUUGACAACUCUGUUACCAGAGGUGGCAUCGCCUUUCCCAGUGUUCUGAGCCAUUUACUGUUUGGAGGAUCCGUCAUCCUGGUCCACGUUGCUGCUAUGAAACUGUUUGCUGGUUUCUCAAUUGUCCUAUUCAUGUUACUCACUUUUUCUCUCUAACACAAAUCAUGGUGAGGGACUUGCCAGAUCCAAAGCCGCCCUGCUAUGCUGCCAGCGUUCCAAAGGGAAACCAGGAACAUGGAGGGAGUGUCGCUGGUACCUGCUUGGGCAAGCUUUGAUUGUACGUUACCGAUGAGUAAAUCGAAAUGGAAGCUCAUAGUUCUAGUCCAGGUGGGAUUUGUUAAGUUGGUGUCUGUUAUAUAAAUAAUUACUUGUAUUCCUGUCAUGCUAGCACUUUGUACCGACUUUUGAUGACUUCAGUAUAAGACUUUUCAGAAAUGAACUAAGUCAGAGUAUUUUCAUGAAUACAUGUGACGGAUUAAUCUGUGUCUCGGCCAGGUGAAUCUGUACCAGGACAGUUUGUGGGGUCCCAAGUCUAUAUCUCUCAGUCACUUUCCUAUCAAAUUUGCUCAGAAGAUGAUAUUUCUAACUGGUGAGCUCAAAGGUCCAGUUCUGGGCUAGUUUACCCACCUGCCUGCCCACUGACUGUCCUGGGAUUGCAUGCUCAGAACUUCCAUGCAUGAGAACGAUGCUUCACAAAUCAAUUAACACCAACAACUAGGUUCUUACCAGAGCUACCGCGAUCUCGUCAAGUCCUCUUGGCUGAAACACAAGCAGAACGUUUCGGGUAACUGCAAUCGGGUGGGAUGUUCAGCCUCAGUCUGAGCUCUCCAGGGACAAACUCUGGUGAGCCUCGCCAUGGGAGCUCACCCUGCCUAGACACGGCACUGCAAAUGAAUGGGGUUAUAAUCGAGGAAUAUUGGAAUUAGCACAAUCUAGUUGAUGAGCCAGACUUUAAAAAAAGAGCCAGAUUCUUGGAGAGAAAUACCAAGUGCUUCCAGCCAACAAACGACGUACUGCAUUGGAUGCUGACGCUGCACUUAAAGGUCUCUUGGCGUUUUCAUGAUAAACCAUCAGCUCCUCUCCCGCGGGGAUUCUCAGCAGUGUGCCCCAUGAUGGAAUGUUCCAUUCUCCCGGGGGGAAUCGCUGACCUCCAAGAAAAAGGUUAAAGACAAGUGCUUAGGGCAACAUUUCCAAAAGCAGCUUCUGCUUUUGUGUCAUUUGAUAGCGUGUUCCCAGGUCCCAUUAACUUCAGCUGAGGUUGUGGGCGCCAACCCUCUGAUAGUCAGACCCCAGGUGUCUCAGGUCUGGCACCAGAAAGGGCCUAAAGGAGCAUUUUAAAAGCUGUCUGUUCAUUUGGGUUAAUUGGCAAUCAGUUAACACCAGUUACAGUAGGACGUCAAAACUCUAUGUAAUGGGACUGUUGGCCUCUUACUAAAACGCAGUGGGGGUUAUGGUUGCUAGCUCCCAGUACCAAAAGAAAGGGGAAGGGUGGAUGGGAAAUCAGGACCCUCAGACUGACAGUCCCCAGGAACAAUGGGGAGAGGCCAAUGCUCCAGAUCAGCCUGAUUGACAGGGCGGGCAGCUAAUCAGAGAGUCAGGAGGCCAGGGGGGUCCCGUCCUCCAGGUGAGCUGGAAUGGCCUGGGUCAGACAGAGUGGGGCCGAGCUAAGGAGAGAGCAGGGACCCACGCUGAGCUGGGGAGUGGAGCCGCGCCAGCCGGAGGGGCCAGAGAAGCAGCCCAGGGAGCUGGAGGCAGAGCAGCAGCAGUGCUGGGGCAGCAGAGUGGAGCAGGAGCUGAGGCAGAGUGGAGGAGCUGGGGCUGGGGCUGUAAUAGGAGCUUGGGCUGGAGCAAUCCAGAGCCGGGUGCGGUGAGCAGCUGGGGAGAGUGAGGGGGGACCCUGGGCAGUGGGCCCAGCGCAGGGAGACCCCCCAGCCAAGAGGCUCUGCAGGCCAGACUUGGAGGGGGAUCGUAACCCCGACGGGGUGGGGGCGACGCUGGGAAGAAGGGUCCUGCCACCUAGAGCCUGAGGGCGUGUGGCCACCGCCAGAGCAAGUGUCCGACCCGCAGCGUCUCUGCAGCACAGCCAGGGCCUGGGAAGGGGCCUGGGACUUGUGAGGAACAGACUGAACUGCCCUGACAUCCCAGAGACGCUGGUUGUGAUGUCCCCGUGCCACAGAGCGGGUGAUGAGUUUUCCUUUCACCUUUCUCAUGUAAGCAGUCAGGAUGAGCUCAACCCUGACAUCCGGUGGUGAAUUAUGGCGAGUGUGGAAAAGAACUCCAGGGGCUGAUCUUGUUUGCAUAGGCACACCCACCCGCCUGGCAUGAAACAACAGCAACUCAAAGUGGUUACUUUGGCUGGUGUGGGAUCCCCAGUUUUCUCUGUUAUUGGGGCAGGAAGAAUAAAUUUUUGUUACCCUGAUUCUGUGAAUCAAAGCCAGUGGAACUGUUGUAUGACAGAAGGACUGAGUGAGUCCUUCACCAUUACCUACGUAGCACUUGCUUGACAAGGGGCAUGGGUUACAAAACCCAGUGAAUUGAGAGAGGAUGAGGACAGGUAUUUGUACCUGAUGGCAUGGGUCCCCUCUGAGGGUUUGAAACACCAAUGGCACUACUGCCUCUCUCCACUGUUGAAUGUCAGAGCUAAUUUUGAUUCCAUUAGGAGUCUAGUUACAGGCUGCUGAGCUGAAUUCACUUUGGGCCAAUGGUGCACUAGCACUGGGGCUCCCCUACUAUGAGCUGAAAGUGCUAAGAGCUGAAAUCACAAAAGAGCUAAAGUUAUUAAGAGUUGAGAUCACUGAGUGCUGUGUUAACUAGUGGGGGAGCCUGAAGCUAUAUUGCUAAGUGGCUGGCGGAGCAGCUAGCAGAGUGGAGCCUCGUGGGGACGGUUGGAGCGGAGCUGUGCAGCUCACAGGUCGGUGAGCAGAGCGGAGCGGCUGGAGGAGGAGCUAGCAGAGCAGAGCGGAGCCUUGUGGGAGUGGCCAGAGGGACCUCUGAAGUGGAGCAGAGCUGAGCGGAGCAGCUGCCAGAGCAGUUCGUGGGAUGGCAGGAGCGGCUCACGGGGCAGCUGGUGGAGUGGAGCGGCUUGUGGUGAAGGCUGCGGCGGAACCCCACGGAGAGACGGCCGGCCGGCCUCGGAUCACGUAAGGUGCCCCUUAACACUCUGCGUGCCCCCCCUUUUACUCUGGGGCUGCACUGACCAGGGGCAGAGACUUUGGGGUCUGUUGGACUUUUGGGACUUUGGGUGGUUUCUGGACCCAAGAGACUUUGGGGGUGUUGGACUUUGAGGACUCUGGGUGAUUUUUGGGUUGCUGGAUUCAAGAACCAAAGGGAAAGGACACAGCCCAAUUUGCUGGGGUGGGUUUUUGCUCACGGUUUGUGUUAUGAAUCCUGUUUGUGGUGUUUUUCCAAUUUAAUGCUGAUGUCAUUUACCUCAUGUUAUU